GGUUGUUAAAUAAAACAAAACAAAAAAUUGUUAGUUUAACGUCUCACUUUUAGCAUUUUGACGUUACUUUAUACCUUGAGGCAUGUUUAUCUACUAUUAUAAAUUAGCGUAAACUUUUGAUGAAACGAUUCAUUUAUAUUAUAGUCAUAAAAUAUAGAUCAAGUGGCUGCACAUCUACAAGAAAGAUUAGUAUGUAAUCAAAAGAUACAUUUUUCACUUGCACUAAUAUGAGCAAAAUAGACAUAUAUACGAGCAUUUUUCAUAUAAACGCAUGAUUGUAAUGUAGAAAAAACAAGUUUAUUUUAAAAAAUCAUUACAUUAAAGUAGAUAAAUAAUGAUGGUACUUUUUCUUUAACUAUUAAUUGUUUGUUAUUUAUUUAAGAUUUUAAUAAAAAUGUCUGAAAGUCAAAGCGAAGAUUUUGUUUUAAAAUGUCUACUUCUAGUGAUAUCUUCUAUCAGUCUUUUAGUAAAUUUUCUUCUGGCGUGUUUUCUUUUGCGUAACAACAAACAUAUUUUAAAAAGAAAGUCAAACAAGUUUUUGUUUAAUAUGGUUUUAUCUGAUACAUGCGUUUCUAUAGCAACCGUUUGUUUUGCUGCAUCUAUUAUUUCGGACAAGAGACUCAGCACCGACGCCAUGUUCCAUACUCAGCAGCAACAUUGGCUUAUUUUGAUUGCAGCGUUUGCUCCAAUAUCAAUCUCAAAUUUAAUGCUUCUAACAAUAGAUAGAGUAAUAGCAGUGACGAAACCGUUUUUUUACACAGAUAAAUUUUUGAACAAGUACGUGUAUUACUUCAUAUCAAUUUCUUGGCUUUUUGCAGUUCUAGAUAUAUUAACCUUUGAAUUACUUGCAACUUAUGUUGAGGUCUUCCAUGAACUUUUUUAUACUAUUUUACAUUCUUGUCUUGUGUGUUUCAUAUCUUUAGGGUUAAUAACUUUAACUUUGUCUAAUUUUUUUAUAUUUGUUGAGGCCAGACGCCAGCUCCACAAGAUAAACGCUUUAUCUGCAAAUCAGCUAAACCACAAAACUUUAGGUCACGCAAAAGAAUGUCGAUUAAUAAGGAUAACCAUUGGAUUGGUAAUGGUUUUUUUAAUUUGUUGGAUACCUUGUUUUGUACUUUCACUCCGUUUUCUUUUGACGCAAAAUUUAAACUUUAGAUUCUUGAUGUCAGUCUGGAUUAUUGCAGUUGUAAAUUACUUACUUAAUCCUUUCAUAUAUCUUUGUUUAAGCCACGAUGCUAAAACAGAAUUUAGAAUAACGUUUUUUAGAUUGAAAACAUUUGUAUCUUCGUCUUCUCUCAAUAAUGGUGGAUCAAUAUCCAUUUCCGAAAGAUACCAAACUUGAACUUAAUUGAAUGGACAGAAACCAAAGUUCAAAGUGUAAACAAAAAGUUUCAAAUGAAACCAUGUUCGUGUAAACCAAGGUGGAAACAAAAAAUUAAAUAAAAGUAUUUUAAAAAAACCUUAUAGAAAUAUUUCUUCUAAUACGUCUUAUAGAAAUAUUUUGAAUUUAGGAAUAUGAGAUAUUUAAAACUACUGUUCAUAGAUUCGGGUGAAUAUUUUAUGUAGUAAACAAUGUUUGUAAUUAUCGAAACCAUUUCUUAAACAAAAAAUACAACAAUUUUUCAUCAUCGUUUAUGGAAACGACAUCUUUA